AUGAAGACGAGAUCUAGUGAUGUCCAAGCAGAUAACAGAGGGAAGAGGAAAGCUCCUGAAGGAGACGAAAAUGGCAGAGGGAAGAGAAGAUUGGUGGAGAGCAACGAACAGAAGAACGCUCCUCAGCAAGACGAAUAUGGAAGAGGGAAGAGAAGAUUGCCUCCGAGCAACCAACAGAAGAACGGGAAGAUCCUCAGAGGAAUCCAUGGCUGUGUAUCUCCUCGGUGCUCUGCUUAUACUUACCGUUCCAGCUUCUCCUGGUAA